AUGCCUUUCACCCCUUCCCCUUCGCUCUACCCUCCUCUAUCCUCCAUCCAACUCCUCGUAUCUGUCUCCCUUCAACCCCCACCCCCCCACGCUGCUCUCGCCUUCCCCCCACUCUGGCACCGGCAGCAGGCAUCGCUGGUGACCCAUGCUGCCCUGCCCCACACGGAUCUUCACACGGAGGGGCCGGAGCAGGGACGAGUGUGCGAGGGAGAGAAGAGCGUUUGCAAGCAGAGCAGAGCAAGGGGCGCACACCCGUUGCUUGUGUGCUCUGCUUGUGCCACCUGCAAGCAGAGCAAGGGACGCCAUGCCACGUUCCUGCCACACACUCACCAUCGACUUCUCUCACACCACCCCAUCCACCUCUCCCCUCUCCAUCCAUCCUUUCUCACCCCCCCUGCAUUCCCCAUACAAUACCUCCUCCAGACCCCCACACCAGGGCUGUCAACAGUAGCAGCAGCAGAAGCAGCAGCGCCUGCUGCAGAUUUUGAGCUGCCCUGGCCGGAGGACUCCAUGGCGCUGUGCCUUGUCGGGCAGCUGCGAACGUUUGAGCUGACCGGGCCAUCCAUAGCGGCGAAUCUGGUGGGGGUUGAGGGGUACGGGCAGGCAGACGUGUUUGUGGUGACGCCCCUCGAUGAGAACUCCGCCAAGCUCCUCGCCCUCAGGGGGAUGGGGUGGGCGGAGGGGGCGCAGGGAGCCGGGGGAGCCAGGGAAGAAAACGUCACGCAGCAAGGGGAGGCGGGGAGAGGGGGAGGAGGAGGAUUGGGAGGCCCAAGGCUGGUGUCAGUGCGGGUGUUUCCGGACUUCAACGUGAACGAGGCGCUGUACCCCACACACGCGCUCAAGGGGCUGGAGAACGGGCCACAGGGGCUGCUGCAGCAGUUUAGCAUGGAAGCCAUGUGCGCCAACGACAUCGCUCACAGAGAACGCCGCUACAGCCGCCGCUACAGGUGGCUCAUGAAGGCCCGCCCAGAUUCUUUUUGGGCGGCGCCGCCCGCGCCGCUGGGUGGCUUGGAGUAUCGGAGCUUGACGGCGCCGCCCGGGUUGGAUUUUGGUGGGGUGAAUGACAGGCUGGCGGUGGUGCCGCGGGCGGCGGGCCGGGCGGCGUUUGCUCGGCUGCACAUGCUGGGGGCUGUGAGCGAGGGCGGCGGCGAAGCUGGCAAUUGCUCAUCACUCCUCAACCCGUCUCUCUCUGCUGCAUCCGUGCCCACCACUCACUGCAGGCGAGUGAACGCAGAGACGGUGUACGCGCGCAUGCUGCAGCGCCUGAACGUGUCGGUCACGCGCGCGCACUUCCCCUUCUGCCUCGUGUCACACCACCAGUUCUUCAAAAUGCUCGCCCUCCCCAACCUCCGCAACCGCCGCGGCGGCGACUACUGCCGCCCCUGCCAGCACGAGCCGCCGCCCAACCCGUUCUGCGAGCAGACGGGGCCGUGGGCGGCGGACUGGGCGGCGCAGUUCGACCAGCAUGUGCCAAAGCGGCUGGCGGCGGGGCGGUGGGCGGUGAUGGCGGCGGUGGAGGGCGGCAGAGAGGGGUGUGAGGCGCAGGUGGCACAGGUGGGUGGGGGUCAUGGGCAGAGGUGGGUGGGGUUGACUUGUGUGGGAGAUAGUUCACAUGCUCACAUGCUCACAUGCUCACAUGCAUCCCUCCCUCCCUCCCUCCCUCCCUCCCUCCCUCCCUCCCUCCCUCCCUACCUCCCUCCCUACCUCCCUCCCUACCUCCUCAUCUCUCAUGCUUUCCCUCCACCAUUUCGCAUAUCCCCCCCUCUUCAUCCCCUACUUUCCUUACCUCAGCUCUCUCUCGAGGUUCGGCGCCGAACCAACCCAUCAGCCUCGUUGACAGCCCCACCGGCUCGCCGUGCUCUCCUCACCCCGCAACAACAACAACAACAACAAGAACAGCAAGCAUUAGCCUCUAACCGGCCAGGCCAAACCUCCCUGUGGCAGCACCUGCUGGGGCGGCUGGGAGGGAGGCCAGUUGCGAGUGGGCAAGAGCAAGGCGGGAAGGAAGAGGAGACAGCAGCAGCAGCAGCAGCAGCAGAGGAGGAGGCAGCAGAGGUGGCGUGGCGGGAGGCAGUGAGGAGGGAGGGGUGGCGGGCGCCAGUACCAGCAGUGCUGUGUGUGCGGCAUGGGCUGGGGAAGGCAACGGUGUUUGGGGCAUUUGGCACAGGGCGCUCUGGCAGCUGGUCCGCCUUCCUGACUUACCUCUACGCUUUCAACCACAGCAUCGCUGUGUCCCUGCCUGCCACACCGCCCUCCGCCGACCUCCUCUGGGACGCCCACCUGCUUUCCGCCCUGCCCUCCAUGCGCCUCCUAAUGCUGCCACCCCCCCCCGCCCAAGCUUCCGACGCUGCCGCCCAGCAGCAGUCAGCAGUGGGCGGCAGGGAGGUGGGUGCACAGUACAAGGCGGCCUUUGAAGCAGCGGUGAGGCGGAUAAAGGCGAAGGAGGAGGUGUUGGGGCGGGGGGGUGCUGCUGUGGAUGCGGACCAUGUGCUCCGGGCUGCAGGGGCGUCCAAGCACGUGGACCUCAUUCGAGUGGGAGCGGGGCGCCUACCAGACCUGCAAGUGCUGCUAUCCCGCGGCCUGAGCACGUGCCAGCUGCUGGUGGACGUGGAGGGUGCGGGGGAGGGCGUGCUGGCGCAGCUCAGGGGCAGGGGUGGGAUGGGCGGGGAGGGGGUUGUGGAGGGUGGCGGUGAGCGGAGCGCUGAUGGAGGAAGGGUUGGGGGGAGGAUGGGGGGAAUGGGGGGGAUGGGUGGGAUGGGAGGGAGGCGGUUGCAGCAAGUGGGGCAAGGGGCGCUGCAAGGGGAGGGGCAAGAGGGCGAGCAUGGGGUAGAUCAAGGAGGGGCAGAUGCGAGCAAAGAGCCGGAGGAGCUGGAUGCGUUCUUGGUGCCGGAUGACCCGCUCUUAGCUAAGUGGCGGGGGGAGGCGGAGCUGGGGGAGGUGCAGCGGUGGCUGUCAGGGAGGUCAUUCCAUCUGGACCGGUGUGUGUCGGGGAACGAGGAGAGGGUGGGGCGAUGUACCUUCUUCUCCCUCACACAUUGCCACGCCCCCGUUACUGCCCCUCAACAAACAACCGGUAGAUAG